AUAUGCAUGGUACUCCUCCCCAAAUUGCACCCAUUCUUUCAACUUCCAGAUUGCAUCUCCAUUGGCCCAGAAAAGGGUACUUCUGAAGAGACGUGAAGGGAUGGUCAAAGGAAAAAGUAUUGGAAAUUGAGAGGACUAAUUAAAUAAUUCAGCUGCAUCAUUAGAUUUCUUUUUUUAAUGUGUUUGUAUUAGAAACCACCUGCAGAAUUUGGUUUAGCCACAUUUUUGUGGAAAUUACCAUUCUAUGACUUGUGAAUUCUUAUAAUCAGAAUUUUUUUUUAUUAUAUAGUUUAUGUUUGAAUAUCCACUCUUUAUUUCCUCCUGAUUUAUCACUCACAGGGAAGAAAGAAUGGUAUUUGUUUCUUUUUUCCAUUUUCUGAGUCUUUCUUUUUCAAAGUGUCUUAUGUUUUUUCUAAUCUCACCUAUUUUUCCAAUCUCUGCUAAUCCAGAUUCUGUACUGAGUUUUAAGUGUUUCCUGCCCACCAGGGGUUUACAGCCUAGAAAUCAUUUUGACAAGAGACAGAAAGCCACAUGAAGUAUGAGACCCAAAUUAAACAGAUGCAUACUUUUAAUGUCUUAAGUGUAGUUUACCAGCAAAGUCCUGAGACAAGUUGUUGCGGGGGUGUGUAAAUUGAGCUGGAGAAUUUAGACUGAAUGUCAUUAGGAAAAUUAUUCUCUUUUUAGGUACUUGAGAAAAUAUUCAUAGAAGACAUGUAAUCUCAGGAACUGUUGUUAAAACGGAGAAAUUCUGAGGCUCUAAGGGGGGAAAGGAAAAGUAUAUACUAGAGAAGGUCAGAGAUGACAUUUCACUUUUCUGAAAGAGGCACAAGAUAAGCCAGAAAAUAGAGAAUUAAGGAAGUGAAAAGGACUUGGAAGCAGAAGAUGCUUGCCUAGCAAGAAAAAUCUCGUUGGGAAGUCCUCCAACAAGAACAACGGCUAAUGGAAGAGAAAAAUAAACGUAAGAAAGCUCUUUUGGCUAAAGCUAUUGCAGAAAGAUCUAAAAGAACUCAGGCAGAAACCAUGAAACUAAAGAGGAUCCAGAAGGAGUUACAGGCUUUAGAUGACAUGGUGUCAGCUGACAUUGGAAUCCUCAGGAACCGGAUUGAUCAGGCCAGCCUUGACUAUUCAUAUGCUUGGAAGCGGUUUGACAGGGCUGAAGCAGAGUAUGUUACAGCAAAGCUAGAUCUACAGCGCAAGACUGAGCUUAAAGAGCAACUCACUGAACACCUUUGUACGAUCAUACAGCAAAACGAGCUCCGCAAGGCCAAGAAGUUGGAGGAGUUGAUGCAACAACUAGAUGUGCACGCUGAUGAGGAGACUUUGGAGCUCGAGGUGGAGGUGGAGAGACUACUGUGUGAACAAGAAGCAGAAGUAGGGAAACAAGUGGUUCAUUCAGAGAGGCCAUUUCAGCCUUCUGGGGAGAAUAUGACCGUAGGGUUUGCUAAAGAGAACAAAAAGCAUCAAGACCAGGCUGCUUCCCCAAAGGUAGAUGAACAGUGUGAAAGCUCCAGUAGCAUUGCCCUUCUUGAUCCAGACCAGCCAAAUCAAGAAGUUGAAACUACUGUAAAAGACAUUUCAGCUGCUCUGACCACAUGAGGUGCCAGUGUUUGUUCUUUACAACUAACAUUCAGUAAACUAAACUUUCUGUUGUAGAUCAUGCCAUGACCUCUGAUAAAUGCCUCUUCAAAGCAGUAUUAAUUUUUAAAUCCAUUAGUUUUAGUAUAACGUUUGAACAUUCUAGAAAAUCUGAGAUUAUGAUAAUUUUUUAUAUGGAGGCAUAGUUCACCUUGAUUUUGAUCCAGUUCCUUCAUUGUACGCUUACAAACAAGUGAUUUAAAAGGAUGGAAGAAAAACUACACGGUUAAUAGUGUUUUUAGACCAGGUGAAUACUGAAAAGUAAAGUGAAAAAUGAACUCAGUACCUAAUUGAACUCAUUUAACUUCUCCUGGGAGAUAUGUUGAGAAUGAGAGUACUAUUUUAUGUAAUCAGUAAAGAGACGUAAAAGCUAACAUGUGAAAAAGAAUGAGGAACAACCAACAAAAGUAGUAGGUUGAAUUAUCUAUUUGGAUCUCACUAGAGUUGUAAAACACAACUUGGAAGUUGUAGUUUAUGAAAAGAACCAGAAAACUUAAACCAGCAUCACUUUUGUUUUCAAUUUGCCUUUUAAACGGCUUUAGUUUACAACCUGAGUUUUGGUUAGUUGAUACACAUGAGCGCACGUGCACACACACACACACAGAUAGAUAUACACAUACCAUGGUAUAUAAAUAAUUUCACUGUUAAUAUAUUGUCUCUUUAAUCGGCACAUUGAUUAAAUUUACCCUUCUGCAGGCUGAAAAUAAUAUAAAAAAUCUUAUUGCUACUUUGGAUUAUCUAAAAAAGUUGAUAUAUUUUCUUAAAGUUACCUCUAAGAUAUGUGUUUUAUAUGUUGGAUAUAAAUUAUCCUGUCAUAAAACAUUUAAAUUGUUAAAAUGAUGGUUUUCUUAUUACUUCAAUAGUUUGUUACUGUCACUAAUACUUGACCCCUACAUUGUGCUAUAUGUGAAUGUGUAAAUAAAUAUUGUAGUUUCGUCACAAAAAUCUAUGAAUAUCACAUUAAAUUAUGAUCUAUUUAUCAGAAAUUCCAAAAGUACAAAUACUACAUUUUAAGUCUUAAAGAACUAUUAUAAAAGAAGAUAAGGACAAAUGUAACACUGUAUCCAUAAUAACUUCUGAAAAGUUGGGGACAUACUAUUUUUAAAUGAGUUUCUUUGAGGGUAUUACCUUCUAGUAAUGCAGAUGAACUUUGUAUUUUUAUAUUAUGUAAUUUGAGUUGAAUUUAUAGCUUUCCAUUACUGCCUUCUCUAAACAGAGGCUUUUAUACAGAUAGUUGUUUUUUUAUUCAUGAAUUACAUACAUAAAAACGGAAAGCUUCAUUGUCUAAUACACUUGUUUUUCUAAGGAAUAAAUGAUUCUAAUGCAU